AUGGGCCAGGGGAACAUCUGCCCGUGGAGCGGCCCCCUGCCUCGCCUCCAGGUGUGGACCUGGAUCGAGCCCGUGGUGGCCUCCACGCAGGUGGCCGCCUCCCUCUACGACGCGGGGCUGCUCCUCGUGGUGAAAGCGUCCUUCGGAGUCGAGACCUUCUCCAAUCACAGCUCCAGCCCGUCGCCCCGGGGGGCUCUCGAGGACCAACAGCAGAGGGCCAUCUCCAAUUUCUACAUCAUCUACAACCUGGUGAUGGGCCUGACGCCCCUGCUGUCGGCCUACGGGCUGGGCUGGCUCAGCGACCGCUACCACCGCAAGGUCUCCAUCUGCGUGCCCCUGCUGGGCUUCCUGCUCUCCCGCCUCACGCUGCUGCUCAAAGUGCUGCUGGACUGGCCCGUGGAGAUGCUGUACGCAGCGGCCGCGCUGACGGGACUGUGCGGCGGCUUCUCCGCCUUCUGGUCGGGGGUCAUGGCCCUGGGAUCCCUCGGCUCCUCCGAGGGCCGCCGCUCCCUGCGCCUCAUUGUGAUCGACCUGAUCCUAGGCUUGGCGGGGUUCUGCGGGAGCAUGGUUUCGGGACAUCUCUUCAAGCAGAUGAUCGGGCACUCCAAGCAGGGCCUGGUGCUGACCGCCUGCAGCGUAAGCUGUGCCACCUGUGCCCUUUUGUACAGUUUGUUCGUGCUGAAGGUCCCCGAGUCCGAGGCCAAGCCCCGCAAGGCCGUGGAUAUAGUGCCCGGCACCGUCGGCCGGUAUGACACCCUGGACCCUGAUCAGACAGACAAGCAGAGUGUGGUGGGGCCCCCUUCACCUCCUGCAAUGGCUAAGCCCAAACAAAUCAUCCUUGCCCUGCUCUUUGUGGGCGCCAUCAUCUAUGACCUGGCCGUGGUGGGCACAGUGGACGUGAUGCCGCUUUUUGUGCUGAGGGAGCCUCUGAGUUGGAACCAAGUGCAGGUGGGCUAUGGUAUGGCUUCGGGGUACACCAUCUUCAUCACCAGCUUCCUGGGCGUGCUGAUCUUCUCCCGCUACUUCCAGGACACCACCAUGAUCAUGAUUGGAAUGGUCUCCUUUGCGUCAGGAGCCCUCCUCUUGGCUUUUGUGAAAGAGACAUACAUGUUCUACAUUGCUCGGGCCAUCAUGCUCUUCGCUCUCAUCCCCAUCACAACCAUCCGAUCAGCAAUGUCCAAACUCAUCAAGGGUUCCUCUUACGGAAAGGUGUUCGUCAUCCUGCAGCUGUCCCUGACGCUGACUGGGGUGGUGACAUCCACCCUGUACAACAAGAUCUAUCAGCUCACCUUGGAGAAGUUCAUCGGCACCUGCUUUGCGCUCUCCUCUUUUUUCUCCUUCCUGGCCAUCCUCCCGAUUGGCAUCGUGGCCUAUAAGCAAGCCUCGUGGUUGCAGCCUGGAGACAUCACAGAGAAAUGA